UUGCAUUCUGAACACAAAAUUAAAUAGCUAAGUCACUAUAUUCUGAACCUCUUGAACCAAACAAGUUUAUUCUAAUCUCGGAAGUGAACAGAUUUUGUAUUCUAAAAUCAAUAGGAUAAAUAAACUCUAUUUUGAAUUAAACUAAAUAAAAUUAGUAAUCAAAACUACAGAGACUCUUACUAAAGUACAAUUUAUUUGUUAUUUUAAAAUGAGAAACCUAUGUCUACUCUUUAAUUACGAAUAGAAAGUCUAUUUUAGUCCAAUGAUCGAGUUAAUAAUCAACCAAUGAAGAUUUCUUGAUACACAAUUUUGUCAGAAUUUCAAAAUUUUGAGAUUUGUUUAUGAAAAAAUACGAAUAACAAGUUCAGCUGAAGAGAAUAAGAUCAAUGAAAGAGCGAAUGAUACAUUUUUGCGAAUUUGACGCGAUUUAUCUCUUCUAGGAUGGAUCGGAUAUCGCGCCGCUGUUCUCAUGGGUGUUAGGUGUAACUCAAAGAACCAAUCAUAUUAAAGAAUCACUAAGCUGUUUUCUCUCCUGUAAACGCAGCCAAAGACGCGACCACACUGCCAGCCACUGCUCACGUUCCACGUUCCUCCCAGUUCCUCCACCCGCGCGCAAUCCCAACCCAAUUUCCAUUGUUCCCAACGAACGACUCCAUUUUGAAUUUUCUCGUGCAAGUAGGUAUUUUUUCCGGGCUCUAAUUAUCGGCCGCUCGGACCUCGGAAAUGCUUACGAGAUACAUCAGCAGGCUGUAUCCGCUUAAGACGGACGUCGCCAGGUGUGGUGCGCACAAGUGCACAUCAGUUUUAGAUACCACGUCAAAAAAAGCGAUCGGAAAGCCUGCCAAAGUACAGGGAUGGGUACGUGCGCUACGAAAGAUGAAGGACAACAUCUUCAUCGAUGUAUCCGACGGAUCGACGUGCGAGAUGUUGCAAGUCAUCCUGCCAAAGUCUGUCAAACCCGACGAUCUGCGUUAUGGGAGCAGCGUCAGUGUAGAAGGUGAACUGGUCCUGGGGCCCAGUGGCAAGGCUGAGCUGCACGCAACCGCGGUUCGCAUUAUCGGCGGAUGCAACGUCACGGAGGACGGUUACCCGUUCGCGCCGAGGAAGAAAUACGAUCCAGACUAUGUCAGGCAGUAUCUGCACCUGCGGCCAAGAACGCGUAGUUUUGCCAGUGUGUUGAGGCUUCGCGAUCUUGCUAGCACGACGAUUGUAGAUCACCUAAGAGAUCGGGGUUUCGUAAGCGUGCACACGCCGAUGCUGACGUCCAACGACUGCGAGGGUGCGGGCGAGGUGUUCAUUGUUAAACCACAGUCCAGAGAGAUUCUCAAGAGUAUGAGGAAGGAGGGCCAGGGAUCGGAGGAUGAGGUUUACUUCGACACCAUCGCCUUCCUCACUGUUUCCGGCCAGUUGCAUUUGGAAGCAGUAGCAAGAGCUCUCACGAGGGUGUAUACUUUCGGACCCACAUUUAGGGCAGAGAAUUCAAAGUCGAGAUUGCACUUGUCAGAAUUUUACAUGUUAGAGGCGGAGGUCGCGUUUCUCGCGCACAUCGAAGAACUGACGGAGGAAGUUGAACUUCUAGUGAAACGCAUCACUGAACGGAUGAUCGAGAAGGGAGCAUCGGAUCUGCGCGCGAUUGACGCCCCAGAAGUGCAAUGGUUAAACAAAUCAUUCGCACGUUUAACGUACGAAGAUGCGUUUAACGUGCUGAAUAAUCACGCGAAUCGAUUGCAACGGCCCGUCAAGUACGGAGAAGUUCUCUCGAAGGAGCACGAACUAUUUUUGGUGCAACAUAAUGAUGGAGUGCCAGUAUUCAUUAUUAACUGGCCGAAAGACAUUAAGCCAUUUUAUAUGAAAGAAUGCACGGACGAUGCGUCUAAGGUAGCAGCACUGGAUCUGCUGGCACCAAACGUGGGAGAAUUGAUAGGAGGCAGCAUUCGCGAAGACGAUUAUAAGAAAUUAGAGUUAAAACUGCCACCCACUGGGAACCUCUCAUGGUAUUUAGAUUUACGGAAAUAUGGGAAUGUACCAACAGGUGGCUUUGGAAUGGGUUUCGACAGAUUCUUGCAGUGCGUCUUGGGGAUUGGCAAUAUCAAGGACACCGUGCCUUUCCCCAGAUGGCCGCACAAUUGCAAUUUAUGAAUAAAGUUUUCAGGGUGUUGUGUCACUUAAUUCACCUCCUCUCCCAAUUACAAACAAAAAUCCUAUUAAAAAAAUAAUGCAACAAAUUGAACAAUUUUUUAAAUGGAAAAACAAUGUUGCAUAUAAUUUUGUAUACCUCUAUAAAUAUCAGUAGAGUAUAUAUAAGUAAUUAAUCAAAAAUCAAGUUUUUUGGGGUGAAAUUGCAAUAAGCUACACAAUUUCAUUUUGGAUGAAGUUUAUUGAAUAUCGAGAUGACAACAAAAAUGUUAACUUUUUAUCAAUGUCUUUAUUGUUUCCUAAUGAAGUCCGUACCCUAAGCAGCUCUUCAAAACUAAUUAUAAAGGAUAUAGUAGAAAGGUUAAUUAAAAGGAAAGUCAAACC